UCGAAAUCCAUCCUUAAUUAAAAACAGAAUAAAGAUCUUCUUGCUCCAAGAGAAUGCCUCGGACGAAUUGUUCCACCAUGUUCCUAGUUCUUACAAACCUCGUAUUGUUCUUAAUAACCUCCUCGCCGUGCUUUGCCCAGCAAACCGGUAAUGGGUCGGUCGUGGCUCUAUUUGCGUUUGGUGACUCCAUCCUAGACACCGGCAAUAACAACAACCUUUUGUCCGGAUCGAAGUGCAAUUAUCCACCGUACGGGAAGGAUUUCCCCGGCGGUAGGGCUACGGGGAGAUGGGGAAACGGCAGAGUUUUCUCCGAAGUCUUGGCGGAGGCUGUGGGAGUGAAAACAUUUUUACCGCCAUAUUUGGACCCAGCCCUACCCACCGGCGAGCUUCCGACGGGAGUGUGCUUUGCCUCCGGCGGGUCCGGCCUCGACACAGCUACAUCUAGCGCAACACAAUCGAUACCAAUGAGGGAACAAUUGAGAUACUUCCAAGACUACAUUGGCAAGCUGAAAGGCCUGGUUGGAGAGGAGAAGGCGAACUCCAUCUUAGCCAACUCAUUGGCCCUUAUUUCCGCCGGAAACAAUGACAUGGGCAUCGGCCGGCUCGCCUCCGGUAGAGCCGUGAUCGGCGUCGAUGGAUACGCCGACCUUCUCAUGACAUUCGCCACAGAUUUCGUCACUCAAUUGUAUAACUUGGGAGUGAGGAAAGUGGCGUUCAUGAGUGCAAUUCCAGGGGGAUGCACGCCGGCGGGAAGAGCGGCCACCGGCGGGUUGGGGUGUGCGGGGCCCAAUCCAUUCGACGGCGCCAGCGUUUAUAACACUAAGCUCGCCGGCACAAUGCAAGCUCUCAAUUCUAAAUUAUCCGGCGCCGACAUCGUUUACCUCGAUGUCUACACUCCGUUGCUGCGCAUCUCACAGAACCCCCUAUCUUAUGGUUUUCAGAACUCGAUGAUGGGAUGUUGUGCACUGUUGGGACCGUUGUGCAAUAUCGCUACCCAAGUGACAUGCCCUGAUCGGUCCAAAUUCGUGUUUUGGGAUUCUGUUCAUCCGACCGAAGCUGCUUACAAAGCUGUUAUCGCUCAAAUUCAACAGAAGAAUGGCUAUAAAUUAUUUUAAUGUUGAGAUUAUCACUCAUUUGUUUUAUCAUUUGGUGAGAUCGUUGAUGAUCGCUAGAGCAUUGAUGAUUAACAUAUGGCACUAAAAUUAAUAAUCAUGUUUAAUUUGGUUCAAAGAAAGAAGUCCAGAGAUCAUAGCUAGGUCAAAGGUAUCAUGGCAGUAUGGCACAUUAUUUGAUUUUCUUUUUUUCCCCUUUACGUUUGUUGGUUGGGUACUCGGGUAAAAAUAGACAGUAACAGUAACUAUAUAUAUUGGCUAAGUAGUAUUUUUAUCAGUCUUUUUUAAUUUAGAGAAAGUGUCUUCAAUGUGGUUGCAAACAUUCAAUGAAAUUGUCAUCUCUAA